AUAUGGUCACGUACAAAAUCUAAAUGGUUUGUAUUGAAAUCGAAAAUUGUCUUUUUUUCGCUUAACUGUGUGUAUAAUACAUUGGCGGUUCUCUUAUCAACCAGGUAGGACACUUAAUUGAUCAGUGAAAACAGUACAAUCUCCGGAGAUAUCGGGACAUCGAUAUAACAAGGUUGAUAGUCUGUCGAUCUGAAGGUGAAUAGAUUGGGUCACAGUAGAUAGUGGACGUCAUUAAGAGACAACUAGAUCUAUACGUUACAGAAGGAGAGGCAGAAUGGCGCCAAAACUCCACUACGUCAACUCAAUCUCCGCCUCCGAGAAAACGGUCAACAAACUAUUGUGUCUUGAGGUACCUGUCGUUGGACUCACAUGUAAAGGGAUUAACGUCGGCAAGAAAGGAACUCUGACACUGAUCGCAGUAUCCACAUGUGAAGGUGAUGUCUACCUGUUCGAUACCAAGGCCAAGCCAGAGAUUGUCCUUGAUGGUGGUCUUAUACGACUUCUUCAGUCUGUAGAAAUCGUCAAGGUUAUUCACGACUGCAGCCAGGCAUGUGCCAAUCUCCAUUUCUCAUUUGGCGUGACCCUGAAGAACUAUUUCGACACACAGACUGCAGGGUCGGUUAUCCUGGAAUCCAUUGGACUACCACCACGACGUAUAGCAUUCGAUAGUCUAUGUAAGCGGUAUAACAUCGACAGGUACAUACCUGAUCCACAGUUACAGAGCCGGAUCAAAUCUGAUAUGAACUACUGGGGACUCCGUCCCGUCACCAAGGCCAUGCUGAAUGUUGCCGCAUCUGAAGUAUUACCUUUAGUCCCAGACCUGUACGACAUCAUACAGCAACAGCUGAGUCCUGAGUGGUUGGACUGGUUCGAUUGCCGGAGUGAGGAAACCCGCUUGAUGUACAUCAGUCCAAAGAAGGCAAAGGAUAUACAGUGUUCCCGUGUACACCAUGACAACCGGGACCGUCGUUACCUGUUCCAGACCCCAGCGCCCAUGAUGUCCCGCGAUAAUCUGCCCUAUGUCAGAGACACAGUACCAGAUAAGCAUUCACUCUACGAUGAAGUGUAGAAGUUACCGUAUAUCAUUGACAGUAUUAUUAUGUUUAAUAAGAAAUUACUUUCAUUCCAUGAUCCAGUACACCCGCCAAGUUUUUCCUGGGUUUACCAAUGUGAUAUAAGAUAAGUGUUUAAUCAGAGAUUGUGCAAUAUGAAUGUAAUACCAUUAUAUAUAAUACGUUUUUGUUUUCUGUUGAGAUUUGUUCAGUGAGAGUUCAUGGUUACAUAUCUUUCUGCGUUUAAAGGUUUCACUGUCUGCUUUAUUUUGCACAAAAGUAUCUAACGAACCUUGUGAUUUGAUGCUGCUAUCACUGCUUCUACUGAAUUGGAUCCGGUUACAAUAAACAUUAAAGUUAAACAUUAAA